GUGCAACGAAUCAUGUUCGCCGUCGUGGGGGACCGCAUCCAUAGGAUCAUCAGCACCGCCGCUUCCCCGACCAAGAUCGACAGCCCGCUUUUCCAGUUGCACUACGGUUUCACUGCCGUGGGACUGCUCGUGUUCGCGGCGUUGAGUACGUCAACAGAGCACUUCGGAAAUCCAAUCGACUGCAUGUCGAGUUCCUCGCCGGCAGUGAUUCCACGACGUGCGCUGACUACUUAUUGUUGGAUCCAUGGAACCUUUACGCUGGAACCUGAUUUUGAUACGUAUUCUGCGCAUCCAGGACGAGAAUUUGACGCGGACCCAUCAUCUGUACUAUCAGUGGGUCUGUCUCGUUCUUCUCGCCCAGUGCAUAUCUUUCUACGUGCCGCGAUACCUCUGGCGAUUGAGCGAGAACGGGUUGACUAAAAAGCUCAUGUCGGGGGAAGCCCCAGCGCUUGCCAGGUACCUGAUGUCGCAUCAGGACUGCCAUACCUUCCUUGGGUUCACGUAUCACGCGUGCGAGGUCAUGAAUGUUCUCGUGCUUUGCGGAAACUUUAUCCUGACUGACCUGCUGCUAAAUCAGAAGUUCCGUGGUCUCGGUCUGUUUGUAUUGAACGGUGGAGACCUGGCGCGGAUAUUCCCGAGGAUGGGGAAAUGCACUUUCCAGAUGUUCGGACCUACGGGCGAGAUCGAACGCCACGAUUCUCUGUGCCUCUUGGCCCAGAAUGUUUUCAACGAGAAAAUUUUCUUCGCUCUCUGGUUCUGGUACUUGUUCCUCGGUGUUCUGACAAUCAUGAACAUGUUUUACACUCUAACUCUGUUCUUCUGCAUGGAAGCUCGUGUGCAUCGGAUCUCAUUCGUCUGUCCCUCCCUGGCUUCAUCGAAGACCCGCAUAGAUCGGGAAAAAAGACUCGAAACAGUCGUCCGGGAACUACAUUAUGGGGAAUUCUUCGUUUUGAGAUUGUUGAGCAAGAAUGUGCCGGCGCAAUUCCUGCCCAAGCUAAUAAACAUAUGCUACGACCUCAUGGUCGAGAGGCGUAAGGACUUCGGUUACAAGUUCCAAAUGCGGAACGAUCUCUACUCGAAUCGUGAGGAUGAAUCGAGAUUUCUGCUCGCAAAACCCUGA